AUGGCCGACGACUCUGAGCAACGUAGCGCAAAGCGCUCCCGCUUCGACAAGACUGAACCUACGGAGCCGCGCCGCUCGCGCUUCGAUCGUCGUUCUCGUUCUCCUCCCGCCAGGAGAUCCGACACCGACCGCGACCGAGAACGCAGUCCUCUCAGCCGAUCCCGUGACAACGCAUCGUCCGACUCCAAGCCGUCUGACUCGAAAUCUCCUCCCGUUGAUCCCGCCGCCGCCGCCGCCGCUGCGGCUGCGAGAAUCAAUGCACAAAUCCAGGCCCGCAAGGGAAUUCAGCAUGUCGAUGUUCCUCCUGUUCGGUCGAGCUCCGUCGCCUCCAGCUCUAGCAACAAUAAUGCCAGCGACAACAAGAGCAGCAAGCCGAACCCGCCCAGCUACAUCAAUAGUGAGAUGUAUAUCUCGGAUGGCGACUACAUUCAGGACAUCGAAAUCAACGACUUGCGCAACCGCUAUCUGCUGACCAAAGGCUCAACUCAGAAGAUGAUCAAAGAAGAGACUGGUGCUGACAAGAGCCUAGCGACCCCUUCGAACCCACCGCUGUAUCUCCACGUUACUAGCACGACCAAGGAGGGUUUGGAGAAGGCCGUCGCAAAGAUCCAUGAGCUGAUGAAGCAGGAGCUUCCCCAGCUGGUGGAUGAGCGUCGUUUCCGUCGACGUCAGGAAGAGCAGCAUCCGGUUGAGCGCGAUGAGUUUGGCCGGCGUAAAUGGCCGGAAGAGAAGAUUCCAAUCGGCCUCGAGCCGAUCCCGGGCUUCAAUCUCCGCGCCCAGGUCGUAGGCCACGGCGGCGCCUAUGUCAAGCACAUCCAGCAGGAGACGGGCUGCCGCGUGCAAAUCAAGGGCCGCGGUUCAGGGUACAUCGAGGCGUCAACUGGGCGGGAGAGUGAUGAGGACAUGUACCUCCAUGUUGCCGGUCCUGACCCGAAGAUGGUUGAAAAGGCCAAGGAGCUCUGCGAGGACCUACUGGCCAAUGUGCGCGAGCAGUAUGAAGAGUUCAAGAGCCGUCCUCAUCGGAAUUACGGUGGCUAUGGCGGCCGCGGCGGCGGUGAUUCUUACCACCCCGGCUACAACCGCGAUAAUCAUCACCAAAACAACAACAGCAACCACCAUAGCUACAGCAACUCUCCCGCUCCCGCUCCUGCUGCUGGCUCUUCUGUUUCGCCGUCUUCGUCGACUAACACUCCUGCCUCGGCUGCUGAUUAUGCCGCCCAGUACGCACAGUAUUAUGGGACUGAUCCUUAUGCUGCUUAUGGCGGUUAUCAAGCCUAUGUUCAGAUGUAUCAGCAGUGGAUAGCUGCUCAGCAGGCUGCUCAAGCGGGUCAGCCAGGUCAGGCCAGCCAGCCGGCCGCUACUCCGAGUGCUCCUGGUGCAUCAACAGCCGUGGCUCCUCCGCCCCCUCCGAGUGAAGCUGCCCCUCCUCCGCCUCCUCCUUCCACGGCGCCGCCGCCGCCGCCCCCGUCUGGCCCUCCUGGGGCCCCUGGCGCGGGCGCUUACAAUGCGAACUUGCAAGUAGCCUUGGCCAAGAUCACCGAAAAAAGACUCUCCCGACCAUCCUUGGUCGCCCAAUAUCCAGUCCAGCCACCCUUCUCACCUCCAGCUUCUCAUCUCGCACCACUCUCUGCUUCGCUCGCCUACCACACCCCCAGCGACCAAGCCAUCAACACCAAUCCAUCCCCCUUCAUCAUCACCCCAAUCCUCAAUCUGCCCCCUUCCUUCGGCUCGGCGUAUGUUGGCGAAACCUUCAGCUGCACACUCUGCGUCAACCAUGAUGUCCCCCCUUCUCCUUCAGGCACUGUUGCGGCUCCCGACAAGACCAUCCGUGACGUCCGCAUUGAUGCCGAGAUGAAGACGCCUAGCUCACCUACUUCAAUUAAGCUCAGCCUCUUACCUCCGGUCGCUGCUAAUCCCUCCCACCACCCAUCACCAGAAUUAGGGACAGGUACCGAGGUAGAUAGGGAGCCCCCCUUCAUCCAAAGACAGCAGCAGCAUCAGCAAGAGGACAAACUAGACCUUCUACCACCGGGCUCCUCACACCAACGAAUUCUGUCAUUCGACCUCAAAGAAGAAGGCAGCCACGUGCUAGCCGUAACAGUGUCCUACUAUGAAGCGGGUCCGCUGAGCGGCCGCACGCGCACUUUUCGCAAGCUGUACCAGUUCAUGUGCAAGCCGUCGCUGAUUGUGCGCACGAAACCUGGAGCUCUGGCCCCAAGGAGCAAGAGUAAUAGAAAGAGGUGGGUGUUGGAGGCACAGUUGGAAAAUUGUAGUGAAGAGACGCUGUUGUUGGAGAGGGUUGGGAUGGUGCUGGAGAAGGGGCUGAAGGGGGAUGGGUGUAAUUUCUGGGAAGAAGAGGAGCAGGGAGAUGAAUAUGUGGGUGGUGAGGCUGGAGAUGAGGGCCAGAGAGGGACACAAAGGGAAUUGGGGCUGAGAUCGAGCAAGAAGAACCGGCCAGUUUUGCAACCUGGAGAGACGGAACAGCAGGCGGAGUGCUUGGAUAAGGACCAGACCAAGAUCAAGCGAGUCGAUGCAGUUCGCCAGGAAUCGGCCGGAUAG